GUGACAAUAUUAUGGCCUUAGAGAAGGUGUUGAUGCCGUCUGAUGUUUAUUUUGUUUGUGUGAAUCAUGCAUUAUCAACUGAAGGCGAAGAAAUUGUCGGACUCUUUGUUGGAGAGAUAAACUCGGAGAAAGUGGCUCAUAUUUCGGCCGUUUUGAUUCUUCGUCGUUCAGAUAAAAGGAAGGAUCGUGUUGAAAUUUCACCAGAACAGCUGUCAAAUGCAUCCACGGAGGCUGAAAGGCUAGCACAUAUUUUAAAACGGCAAGUGAGAAUUGUUGGCUGGUAUCAUUCUCAUCCAAAACUCACAGUUUGGCCCUCUUUAAUUGAUGUGAAUACUCAAGACAGCUAUCAAUUGAUGGAUGAUGGAUUUAUUGGAAUCAUUUUUUCAGUUUUUAAUGAAGAUCCGACAAGAAAGGGUGGCAGAAUUCAAAUGACCUGUUAUCAGUCACAAACUGUCAUAGAGGAUGGCAAUAUAGAGAAGAAGAGAUUGGAUAUACCAGUUGACAUUGUUCCAACAAAAUUUAUUAGUAAUGUAUCAAUGAACACGCUGAUACAACUGCCUCGUUUUUUAUGCCAAGAAGAGCAACUAGCAUAUCAAGUUACUAAUCAAACCAAACUUGACUAUUUGACAAGAUUGCACAAUAGUUCAAUUUAUUUAAGGUCUAUGGGUCAGAUAGCCGAAGUGAUUUGUGCUCCUUUAUUGAAAAUGUUGGAAGAAAGGAUAGCUAAUAAUGAAAUGCGAAGAAAAAAACUCCAAGGGAAGAAAGAGGAACUGGCCAUGGUUUUGGAACAGCUUUACAUUGAAGCCCGAGCAUAUCCAGCAUCUGAUGAAAACUCUUUACCUACAAAGUCCUUCCAAGUUGCAACACCUUUUGAAAGGCUUGAACAAAAAAAGCAAUUAACUGACGAUCAUUCCUAUGCAACUGCAUUGAAAGAAACAGACAUUUCUAGUGUUUCCAAAGAUUUGGAUGAUUCAAUAAUUGCUUCUCUUGGCUCUUUAAAUGUCUGUGAUUUUUCAAAUGUUAAUGUCCCUGUUCAUCAUGGUGAGGGUGAUGAUCCCUCUUCAUCACUUACAGCAAAGAAGGAUUUCAAAGAAUGCAACGUUGAAAAAUAACAUUCAAAAUUCCCUUCAAAUAAUUAAAGACAUUUGUACUGAAGAAUACAUGUCAAAAAAUUACUUUUGAUGUAAUUUUGCACUAAAUAUUAAUAAAAUGUUUUAAAUAGUUAA